GUUAUUCGUUUACAUUAUUGCAGACUGGUACACCAAAAUACUCGCACAUAAGCUGUUGCCGAUUAUGUCGUGUAAAUCAUUUAAAAUAUGUGUAGUUUUAGAUAUUUUAGACGUCACGUGUCCCGGUGUGUGGAUAUGUCCCAAAGGAAUGAUAUAUCUCGAUAUUUGGUUGUUCGGGUGUAACAGUAACACAUCGUAUGUAGAACCCAAAUUUCCUUUAGCUUUCAAUGAAACAUUUAACUUCCACAAAACCUUUACAGAACUCUCAAACUUGAGGGACAUUCAGAAAGUCUUGGAAGAGAAAUGCAUGAAAAUAGAAUUAGUGCAAGCCUACAAAAAUAAACAAGUCACUUUAGCCACAUAUAGCUCAUAUGUCGAUGAAGUGUUGUACCCCGAACGCAGUCGGUUGAGUAAGAAUGGAGAAAUGGCAUUGCUCAUGAAAAAUGAACCUUUAUUUCCGGGAACUAUUUCACCAAAAAUUACACUAGUCACCAAGACCAGUGUUACAGAACAAAUAAACGUAAUUUCACGUGUAAAUCAAUGCUCACCACAAUAUUUAGAAACUCAAAAUCAGCCGAACAGAAUGAAAAGAGUUCAUCACUCCAAAUUCAAGGAUUCGCAGUGUUCACAUAACACAAAACUUAGGACAACUAAUGAAGAUGGACAUAUUAUUUCAGACACAGACACAGACAGUCAACUAUAUUGUUUAGGAGCAAAAAAGACCAAUAAUAACAUGAUGGAUUGGGAGUGUCAUUCGAAAAAAUCUUGCAAACUCUGUGAACAUAUGAAUAGCUCCAAAAUAAACGAGCAUAGAAAGGAAUCCAGCGACCAAAAACAUAUAAAGGAGUCUUUAAAUUUGAAAGAUAAAUCUUUGGAUAAUGAUGAGUACAAAAAAACGGAGAUUACAUCAAAUACAUUUGGAAAAAAUAUAAAAGCUACAUACAACUAUAAGUGCUGUAAAUCAAAGUUAAAUAACAGCAGCAGUACAAAUGAAUCAAUAAAAACAAGUGAUGAAGAUUCUAUAAUUAAUGAAGAAAAAAACACAACAAUUCCUGUAAUACUUGAAGAUUCAGGUGAAGAACCAAAGAAAAUAAAUCCGAAGAUUAAAGCUCGUUUACAUUUGGAUGUGUAUCAUUGCAAAUGUGGUAUGCCUGACUGUAUGUUAAGCCCAAGCUGGAGGAAUAUAUGCAACGAAGUGAACAGGAGAGACACCGUAGAAGAUACAAUUAAAUAUCAAAUAUCUUUGAGAAAUUACUAUAAGAGGCUUUACGAUGGGACCACAUAUCAACUUGGUAGAAAUCUACAACUACUCUGAUUCUAUUAUUUAUCUUAGUUCUUAUCUUGAGCAAAAAAAUAUGAUGAGUAGGUACAAUAUGUAAUAUUUUAUUAUAACGUAUACUAAAAUUAGUAUUAAAAGUUAUGAAAGCAAUUAGAUAUAUUAAAAAAAAAUUACGUUUAUACUAUUAAUGUUCUUUAAAUCAAAAGUUUCAUCUUGUAUGGGUGUAUGGCACACAUAUUGCCAAGCAAUGUUUAUA